CGAUUUUACGGUAAACUGAAAAAACAAAGUUGCCGCUCAAAAUCAAACACAUAUAUAGUUUUUUUACAUAUUAUAUAUAUAUAUAUAUAUAUAUAUAUAUUCAACACCCAAAUAAGUAUUCCUAUAAAUAAACCAAAUCCAUGCAAGUUGUCUAGUUAUAAAGACAUGGAUAUUGAAACCAUAACAUUAAUCACACAAGGUUGUAAAAUGGCUAAAGACCUGGAAGCUACUCUACCAAAUAUGGCUACCCAACAUGAAUAUCUCUUAAAUUCAUGUAAUGAGAUCAUCAGUGUCUUCAUCAGGGCCAAAGAGCGGAUCAAUUCAAAAGCCCAGAUGGGUGUUUACGAUCCAAUUGCUUCUGGGGUUGCAGAAUGGCUGAGCAGUAGCCAGACGCCGGCGAUGCAUUUGCUUCAGGCCCAACACCUUCUCGCCGGCGGGCCGGCGCCGGGGAGCAGUAGUACUAGUAGAAAUAUUGUGUUUGAUCCCAAGGUGAAGGGAGUGUUAAUGCAAGAUGAUCAAGAUCUAGAAGGCGGAGCCGGCGGUACUCUGGCGGAGGUGGUUGCAGCUCGUAGAGGGUUUCCGGCGAAUAUGGUGCCGGAGGUGGCUGAUGCAACAACUUCCGGCCCCAGAGGCGGUGGUGCAUCGUCGUCGUCUUCGCAAAGACCGCGAAGAAGGGAUGGUGCGGGCACAAGGGUGGUGAGAGAACCUGCUCCGCAGAUGGGGAACACUGAGAUUCCACCUGAGGACGGCUUUACCUGGAGAAAAUACGGCCAGAAAGCCAUCCUACAUUCUAGGUUUCCAAGGAGUUAUUUUAGAUGCACCCACCAAAAGCUAUACAAAUGUCCGGCCAAAAAGCAAGUCCAGCGCCUGGACACUGAUCCCAACACCUUCGAAAUCACAUACCGUGGGGAUCACACGUGCCACCUUUCCUCCACCGCCCCUUCCGUGCCCCCACCGCCACUCCUCCUCCACAAUCAACUCAUCGCCGCCCAGCAAGACGCCACUCUUCUCCACCACAUAUCCGCCGCCACUUCCACCGUUAACCUUACCCCGGCGCCACCGUCUUCGGUCCUUAUGACUCAGUGGCUUUCCAUGGACAUUGGUACCGGCGGCGGAGGGCAGCGGGCUACCUCCAACAUCAUCGACUUGGCUGGCGCUAGCAUAACUAACGCCGCCGCAGCCGGCCCAUCAGGCUCCGGUUUGCCCUUCGGCCGAGCACAUAUUAACGUUGAGGAGCAGCCUCGGGUGGCCGAUAUGGCCGACGCGAUGUUUAAUUCCGGGAGUAGCAGUAACAAUAGCAUGGACCUCAUCUUUUCUUCCAUGGACAACAAAUGAGAACAUAUUUUAUAUAUAUAAAUAUAUUAAUCAAACUAAUUAUGUAUAAUUAAUCAAAUUCUUCAUGGAUUUGAUCAUUCAAUUCUUGCUCCUUUGACAAGGGAAGCAAAUUAGUUAAUUAAAAUAGUUAGGGUGACAUAUAUUCGACAUAAAGGUGUUGAUAAUGUGUUAUUGGCCUAGCCGCUUAGGUAUUUACAGGGGCAAUUGAUGUCUGAUUCAAUAACUCCAAAUGUAAAAGUCUUACUACUUACUCCUUCCAUUCACAAAUAGAUGUCGUUGGAGGAAAACUCAAAUAUUCCAAAAUAGAUGUCGUUCUCACAAAUCGAG